GGGCAAUUGCAAUUGAGGAGGUCCAGGAGGUGCCUCCUCCACAUACGGAUCAGCCACCUUCGGCACGUGCGAGUGCGGGGCCGAAUCUGACAUGCCGCUUUUCUUCACCAGGCUCGCUCAGUUGUCCCUCCUCUCUCCCAACCCUCACCCGCACACUCAACCCCCGCACCCAAACCAAACCCAACACCCCCCAACAACCCUUCCGCAAUGGCAAAGUCGACCCGCUCAAAAGUCAAGCGCCAUUUCCGUGCGAAGAAGCGCACCGAAGGCGUAUACGCUGCCGCCGAGGCCGCACGCCUUAAUCGUCUCCAUCAGAAGCUCAAGGUGCUCACCACCCACGACAAGGAUGGCGACGUCGAGAUCCCGGAGGAGGCUGUAGACUCAUUUGGCGACGAGGAGGGUGCUCAGCAGCCAGAUGGUCAGACGACGAACGACAAUUCGGCCGAGGACGCAGAUGCCAUGACCGUAGACUCCGGUUCCGCAGGCCCCUCUACUUUCACCGAUGGUACAAAGCGGAUAUCCACGCACGGUCCACGAGAUUCGCGUCGCGAACAGUGGCGGCUAUCGAAGGGCAUGUCCGCCCGCCCGCCGUCGAAGGGGAUGAACCGCCAGGGAGGGAUCGCCGGACGGAGGAAGGCAGGGAGGUCGCAACGGAGACGGUGAUCCGUAUAGGUUAUGGUUGUAUUUAUUAUCACUCGUACUCGUAGUGUAGCUGUUUCUCCCCUCUGCUUGUUUUCCGUGCAUGUUGGGACUCUUGGUCGUUCUUCAAAAUGCAAAACUGCUGCUCGCAUUGGAUCUUA